AUGACUGCUUUUCUUGAAGGUCGAAAGAACGAAGAGAGCGAGAGAAGUGAAAGUCCGCUGUCACGAAAAAAAAUCAACUUUUUUCACGGGUUGCAUAAAGUGAGCGAAUCGUUCAAAAUAAGAAAAGGUGCAGUAGUAAGUUCACUUCGUCAAUCAUUUUCUCAAGCCGCUGCAAUGAAUGAGAUCAGUUCCUCAAAAGCUGAUGAAGAAACGGAUUCUUCGGUCGCUGCUGCAACCAAACGUCCAGAAGCUAGAACACGAACUCGAUUAGCCGAAAGCCAUUCGUUGGAUGAUUUAAAUACAGCUGCUGAAUUGAACAAGCAGCGUGCAAAUGAAAUACUGGAUAAGUACAGAAGUAAACCAGAGCACGAUGAAGCAACACAGGAGGAAACGACACAUUUUUCGCUUGGAAACGAUCAAAAAGAGGUAUAA